CAUUAUUUUUGAAUGAUUUUAAGAGGAGCUCUCUCCGGGCCUGCCCUAAACCCAAACCGGAGACUAGGUCCGGGAUUGACCCAACCCAGAUUCUCGAAAACCCAUCGAACCCUAGGUUAUCAGUCUCACCCUCUCUAUCCAUGAACCCUAGCGUCGCUUUCCCUCCAUCACCGCCCCCCCUGCCCCCCUCCCCCCAACAUUCCCCCUUCACUUGCACACUCUCCAGCAAUGGCCGCCGCAGCCGUCCGCCCUCUCGUAACCGUCCAGUCAAUUGAGGGAGACAUGGCCACCGACUCCGCCACCACCGUUCACCUACCGGACGUUAUGAAGUCACCGGUCCGGCCCGACGUUGUCACCUUCGUCCACUCCAACAUUUCAAAGAACAAGCGCCAGCCGUACGCCGUGUCCAAGCGUGCCGGCCACCAGACCUCAGCCGAGUCCUGGGGAACUGGCCGCGCAGUGUCUCGUAUCCCUCGUGUCCCGGGAGGCGGUACCCACCGUGCCGGCCAGGGUGCCUUCGGGAACAUGUGCCGUGGGGGUCGCAUGUUUGCCCCCACCAAGAUAUGGCGGUGCUGGCACCGGAAGGUCAACGUUAACCUCAAACGUUACGCAAUUGUUUCGGCCUUUGCCGCCUCCGCUAUACCCUCCUUAGUCCUCGCCCGCGGUCACCGCAUCGAAUCCGUCCCCGAAAUGCCCCUCGUAAUUAGCGACUCCGCCGAGAGCGUUGAGAAAACCUCCGCGGCUCUCAAGGUUCUGAAACAGAUUGGUGCUUUUCCCGAUGCCGAAAAGGCUAAGGAUAGCCACGCGAUUCGCCCCGGUAAGGGUAAGAUGCGUAACCGCCGUUACAUUAAUCUUAAAGGCCCACUGAUUGUGUACGGAUCCGAGGGUGCGAAGCUCGUGAAGGCCUUCCGGAACAUUCCCGGGGUUGAUAUCGUGAACGUUGAAAGACUUAACCUGCUGAAGCUCGCUCCCGGUGGUCACCUCGGGAGGUUUGUGAUCUGGACAAAGUCGGCCUUCGAGAAGUUAGACUCGAUCUACGGGUCGUUCGAGAAGCCGUCGGAGAAGAAGGGGUACGUGCUGCCGACGUCAAAGAUGGUAAAUGCUGACCUUUCGAGGAUUAUCAAUUCGGACGAGGUGCAGUCUGUUGUGAAGCCGAUCAAGAAGGAUGUGAAGAGGGCGCCUUUGAAGAAGAACCCGCUCAAGAAUCUCAACACCUUGCUGAAGCUGAAUCCCUACGCUAAGACAGCCAGGAGGAUGGCGCUUCUGGCUGAGGCCGAGCGGGUCAAGGCCAAGAAGGAGAAGCUUGACAAGAAGAGGAAGCCAAUCACUAAGGAGGAGGCUACUGCAAUCCAGGCUGCAGGGAAAGCAUGGUACCAGACAAUGAUAUCUGAUAGUGAUUAUACUGAGUUUGAGAACUUCACCAAGUGGCUGGGAGUCUCCCAGUAAUACUUUUCUGGUUUCAUCUGUAUACCCCUUAUUAUUAUUUCUUGUUUCACUUUGGUUGUGUUUAUCUAGUUUGUUUGCAGUUUUGAGAUGUGGCUGAGAUUAGGUGGAGGAAAUGCCCGGAAUAAGAUGCUAUUGAUUUUUUUUUC